GCGGCACUUUACGGCAGACUGUCACAUUACCGCCAACUGACGUCACACGCUGUUACAUGUGGAUAAGCUAUCUACAGCACAACAUUUGAAUUUCAUAAACGGUGUCGUUUUGGUUGUAGUUAAUUUAGCAUAUUCAAAAGCUUACGGAAGCUGAGCGUCCGCAGUACAUCCAUAUGGGCCGACAAAAGACUGCAGUUAUUAGAAAAACCGCUGCAACUAUCUAAACGUGCUAACCGAAGCGCUACUUAGCAAAGGAAGGGAAAGUGCAGGCUACAUGACAUGGAGAACUACAGAAAAGCACGCACAGUCGAGCAGCCCUGCCCGUGUCCUUUCCCUGACCUGCCCAGCGACACUCCUGAAGUUCGAGUGAAGGAUGGCAGCAAAAUCCGCAACCUGAUGAGGUUUGCUUUAAGCCGUAUGGAGGAGAAAACAGCCUCCGUAGAUCAUCCAGGGCCUCUUGAAGGCUCAGAGGUGAGCGUCGGGUCGGGGGAGAAUCUAUGCCGCCAAAUCGUGUUCACGGGUGUGGGUCAGAGCGUGGCUAAAGCUAUCACGUGUGUGGAGAUCAUGAAACGCCGUGUUCAUGGCCUACACCAGCACACCAAACUGGUCUAUCGCACGGUUCAGGAGGUCUGGGAGCCCCUGGAGCCCGAGGCCGGCUUGGACAGUCUCACAGUCAGCAGAAAUGUGCCCAGUAUAUGGGUUCUGCUCUCCAGAGACUCACUUGAUAAGAACCAGCCAGGUUACCAAGCUCCAGGUUCUUUUGAUGCCUUGUGGGCUCAGGCUCUCAGAGAGGAAGCAGCAGCUCCGAAACAUGGACAGAGAAGGAAGAGGGGAGGAACAGGGGCCGGAAGGACAGAAGGGUCUGGGAGAGGAAAGGGUCCACGCAAGCACCCGGGUCGACUUGGAGAACCACGUAAACCUUUAGGUCAUGCUGGGGGUGGGCAGGAUUGAAUCUGUGUUUUGCGGCUUCCUACCAUACCUUGGUUCAUAUUGAGGUUUUUCCAUUUUGAAGUUGCAUAUCUUGAGAAUGUCUGUCAUCAAAUUGAGAGUUUAAAAGAGCAAUACAUAAUAAGACCCUUGAUAGUUCACCUAAAAAUAAAAUUCUGUUGUUAUUGAUUCA